AUGACAUCCGACAAAUCUAGACCAAGUCCAAUCUUAUUGGCUAAUACAUGGUCACGAAUACUUUAUAGUUGGAUAUCUGAAUUACAUGAUACAAGUCAUCGACAGAAAACACUUCAUCUCGCUGAUCUUUAUGAUCUUCUUCCUGAGUAUGAGUCAAUUAAACUUACAGAAAAAUUAGAAAACAAUUGGUUUGAUGAGAUAAAACGUAACCCUGAUAAACCAAAUCUUUUUUAUGCUACAAUGCGUACAAUAAGAUGGAAACCAUUUUUACUUGGUUUUCUAUUAAUUCCUUAUAGAAUUGGAAUCCUUACUCAACCAUUGUUAAUUGUAUCUCUAAUGAGAUUCUUCGAACCAUGCUCCACUAUGUCUAUACAAUAUGCAUGUUUUUUGGCUAUUUUAAGUAUUUUAGCUGCUCUAUGUUCAAGUUUUUUUUAUCAUAGAUUUUUUUUCUCAAUUUAUGCAUGUGCCAUGCAAACACGUGUUGCCUACCAUGGUUUAAUCUAUCAUAAAAUUCUUCGUUUAUCAAGUCGUUCUCUGACUGCAAUGAGUUCCGGUGAAAUCGUUAAUAUAUUUUCUAAUGACGCCUGUCAAAUUGAAAUGAUUAUACAUUCAAUUAAUUUUUUAUGGCUGACUAUAGUUGAUAUUAUUGUGAUGACUGCAUUUUUCUGGUAUUUUGUUAAUUAUAUUGCAUUUAUUGCUAUUGGUUAUACAUUACUACUUGUUUUACUUGUUGUUCUUAUGAGUCAUCUCUUAGUUCAUUUUCGGCUUAAAAUUUUAAAAGUAACUGAUGAACGAAUAAACACAAUGUCGGAAAUAAUUAAAUCCAUGCGUAUUGUAAAAAUGUAUUGUUGGGAAUCAGCAUUUGUUAGAAAAAUUAGUGAUAUUAGAAGACGUGAAAUUAUUCGAUGUGCAUUACGUUUCAUACCUGAAACUGUUGAAUUGUUUUUUUCACAAACAUAUAGUUGUAUAACAUUUUUUAUUACAUACGCAGCAAUGUGGUCAUUAAAUAUACCUUUCGAUACACGAUUCUUUGCUGUUGCAGCAUGUAUUCUUAGUUAUUUAGGAUUUGUUAUAUUAAGUUUUGGUAAUGGUAUACGUUAUUUUGGUAAUUAUUUGACAGCUGUUAAACGACUUCAAAAAUUUCUUUUAUUGGACGAAUCUGAAAGAGAUCGUCGAUUAUUUUAUGAAUUAGAUGAAUCAAUAGAUAAAACGAAUAUUGACGAGCAACAUGCGAUUCAAAUACCGAUGAAAAAAAUGAUCAAAGUUGAAUGUAACUUGAAACGAGCCGGAUGGGAAAAAAAUGAAUUAUUUGCAUUAGAAAAUAUUGUAUUUACUGCUUAUACAGGUGACUUGAUUUGUAUUAUUGGAUCAGUCGGAUCUGGCAAAAGUUCUCUAUUACAAACUUUAACAGGUGAAAUACCUUUUUUUGAUGGUCAAGUUCGACUUCAAGGUUCAUUCUGUUAUGUGCCACAAGAACCUUGUAAUUUGAUUAUGAUAUUAAUUGAUCGAUUUAUUUCGCUUUUUUUUAUUUUGAUAGGGAUCUUUUCAUCAACUAUAAAAAGAAAUAUUCUUUUUGGUAAAGAUUAUGAUCCUGGAUUAUUUCGACGUGUUAUUAAUGCAACUGCACUGGACACAGACUUAGCUCAUUUACCACACGGAGUAAAUACUCUUGUCGGCGAUCAAGGUGUUAUGUUAUCUGGAGGUCAAAAAGCAAGAGUAAAUAUGGCAAGAGCAUUGUAUCGUGAUUCUGAUAUUUAUUUAUUAGAUGAUCCUCUUUCGGCUGUUGAUGCUAAAGUUUCGAAACAUCUUUUUGAUAAAUCAAUAAAAGGUUAUUUAUGUGACAAAAUUUGUAUUCUUAUUACUCAUCAAAUUCAAUUUUUACGUGGUGCAACUAAAAUUAUUGUACUUGAAAAUGGUAAAAUGGUACAAACAGGAGCAUUUGAUGAAUUAAUUGAAAGUUCAUCAUUAUUUUGUCAUUUAUUAGAAAAUAUUCAUCAACAAGAAAAGGAACAAUCUGAAUCUCCGACUAAUUUUCAACGAAGACAUUCGAUUAGACAUUUAACUGUUAUAGAGAGUGAAAAGGAAGAUGGAUUUGCAUUAGAUUCAGGAAGUUUUGAAACACAAGAAAAAGGUUCAGUUAAAUGGAAUGUAUAUGCUACAUAUUUGCAAGAAGGAGUUGGUACUUUUCUUGGUAUUUUUAUUUUAAUAUUGAUGUUUGGCUUUCGUGAAGUAACAUCUAUUGUCUACAGUUGGUGGUUAGCAAAAUGGAGUGAUGAUGAAGGUUAUCGACAUCGGCAUCAAAUUAAUUGUACAGAAACAAUCAAUGAAAAUAUCAAUAUAAUACGUUCAAUGGAUAAUACAGAAUGGAAUGAAUAUCGAAAUGAUCGUUUCUAUUUUUAUUGUGGUCGUAUAUUAAAUCGUUUUACUAAAGAUAUAUCUAUUGUGGAUGAAUAUCUUCCAUGGACAUUUUUUGAUUUUCUCGAACGUCUUUUUCAAGUACUGGGUGUAGUUGCUCUUGUUAGUUGGCUUAAUCCAUGGUCAUUUAUACCAGCAAUAAUGGCAACUAUUGGUAUGUUAUUUAUUCGUCAUCGUUUUGCUCGAUGCUCGAGAGAUCUUAAACGACUUGAAAGUACAGCAAGAAGUCCAAUCUAUUCCUAUUUAACUUCAACGAUUCUUGGACUUAAAGUUAUACGAUCUUAUCAUGCUGAAAAAACUUGUUUAUCAGAAUUUUUCUCACUUCUCGAUGAUAAUUCACGUGCUAAUUAUCUAUUUCUAAUAACAAAUCGAUGGGCAGCGAUUCGUUUUGAUUGGAUUACCAUAUCUUUCAUUGCUUUUGUAACAGCAAUGGCAGUAAUUGUACGUACUACUGGUCGACUAUUUUCAUCUGCCGAUAUUGCUCUUACACUUUCAUUCAGUCUUAAUCUUAUGGGUCUUCUACAGUGGGCAAUUAGACAAUCUGUUCAGCUCGAAACACAAAUGACAUCCAUCGAACGAAUCCUUGAUUAUUGUGCACUUGAACAAGAACCACCUGCACAAGUAUCACCAAACGAUCAACCACCGACAAGUUGGCCAUCGCAUGGUGAAAUUAUUUUCAAUGAUGUUAGCAUGUCUCAUUCGAAUCUUCCAGAUGCACCUCUUGCUCUUAGAAACAUUUCAUUAAUUAUAAGACCUGGUGAAAAAAUAGGCAUUGUUGGAAGAACAGGUGCUGGAAAAAGUUCAUUUAUUCAAACCAUAUUUCGUAUGGGUACACUUGUUAAUGGACAAAUCAUUAUUGAUAAUAUUGAUAUAUCAACAGUUGGAUUAGAUGAUAUUCGACGCCGAAUUUCAAUUAUUCCACAAGAUCCUGUUCUUUUUACUGGAACAAUAAAAAGUAAUCUUGAUCAGUUCGGUGAUUAUUCAGAUGUUGAAAUAUGGCGUGCACUUGAACAAGUACAACUUAAAAAAUUAGUUAAUGAUAUUAUGCCUCAUGGUCUUCAUUCACAUGUUUACGAAGGUGGUUCAAAUCUGAGUGUUGGACAAAAACAAUUAGUUUGUUUAGCAAGAGCUAUAUUAAAAAGGAGUAAAAUACUUGUCAUUGAUGAAGCAACAGCUAAUGUUGAUAAUGCAACGGAUGCAUUAAUACAAAAAGCUAUUCGAGAACAAUUUCAAAAUUGUACAGUAUUAACAAUAGCUCAUCGAUUACGUACAGUUAUUGAUAGUGAUCGUAUUAUGGUAGUUGGAGAUGGAAGAGUAUUGGAGUUCGAUACACCUCGAGGAUUACUUUCAAAUAUAAAUUCUCAAUUUAGUUCUUUCGUCAAACAAACAGGACCAGCUGAAGCUGAACACCUUCGAACAUUAGCAACUAAUAUUAAAUUUAAUACGGAAAAUAAUCAAGAAAUAUUUAGUAAUAAUGAAACUUCAUUAGGACAUGAUCAUGAAACUGUUCCUCUUAUUUCCUCAUUAAUUUCUAUUUAA